CGGGAUGGAGCUGCCGCAGCGGGGUACAGCUUAGGCUACGGGCUGGCAGGAGAACGCUCAUCUGAAAUCUGCGAGAAUACUGCAGGCAGAAGGUGGGCUGCUGGUAUAUUCUCAAGGGAAAAAUAAUCUCGAAAGUAACCACCGUGAAUUUAUGGUGUUGUCCUGUAUUAGUAAAGAGUGCGCAGCUACAGCUGGAGGCAGUAUCCUUUACCUGGGAAUCGCUUGUACUUUUAGGAAGUCUUGCGUAUGUACCGAGAGAAACACAGAAGUUCCUCUUCCAAAGGGGAUCUUCCCUGCUCUUUUCUGUGCAUUAGAGCCCCUAUCCACACUCGGCUCGGGAGUGAGAAUCUUUCCAUUGACAGCAGUAAGAAUCGCUCCAUUGACUUCACAGGCUUGGAUCAGGCCCUUGGAAAUUCUUUUUACAAAGCAUUUUAGAGACCUGGAUAUGAACUGGAAGGGCCACCACUGAGUGCUGUGCAAACAGAGAACUACUGAGUCCCAACCCAGAAGUAGGACAAUUUUCAUAUGACUCUCAUGCUGCUGUGGAUACCUUUAAUUUCAAGUGGAAAGUGGUGGAGUAGUGCAGUGUGAGACUUGUGACUGCAUCUGAGACCCCACCAGAGAUCUCUAGGUAACUUCAAGUGAAAGUUAAGGACCUUUUGUCCUUAUCUGCCAUAGAUGUGACAGACACUUUUGGAAGGAAGAGUUUGAGCAAAAAGGAAAAGACCUUCCCACAGCACAGCAAAGUGACAAAGUGACUCUGAAGAAAUGAUGGUGGUACUAGAAUUGAUCUUGGACAUCACUUCAGUUCAAGGUUGAAGUUAAAAGGUCUUUUUGAGGCUUAGAAGAAGCAGGUAUUAAGUCAUGAUGCAGGAAUCUGCGACAGAGACAAUAAGCAACAGUUCAAUGAAUCAAAAUGGAAUGAGCACUCUAAGCAGCCAAUUAGAUGCUGGCAGCAGAGAUGGAAGAUCAAGUGGUGACACGAGCACUGAAGUAAGCACAGUAGAACUGCUGCAUCUGCAACAACAGCAGGCACUCCAGGCUGCAAGGCAGCUGCUUUUACAGCAACAGACAAGUGGACUGAAAUCUCCUAAGGGCAGUGAGAAACAGAGACCGCUGCAGGUGCCUGUGUCAGUGGCCAUGAUGACUCCCCAGGUGAUCACCCCUCAGCAAAUGCAGCAGAUUCUCCAGCAGCAAGUGUUGUCUCCGCAGCAGCUUCAAGCACUUCUCCAGCAGCAGCAAGCAGUUAUGUUGCAGCAGCAACAACUACAAGAGUUUUACAAGAAACAGCAAGAGCAGUUACAUCUUCAGCUUUUGCAGCAGCAGCAGCAACAGCAGCAGCAACAGCAACAACAGCAGCAACAACAGCAACAACAGCAGCAGCAGCAACAACAACAACAGCAGCAGCAGCAGCAACAACAGCAGCAACAGCACCCAGGAAAGCAAGCAAAAGAGCAGCAGCAGCAGCAGCAGCAGCAGCAGUUGGCAGCCCAGCAGCUUGUCUUCCAGCAGCAGCUCCUCCAGAUGCAACAACUUCAGCAGCAGCAGCAUCUGCUGAACCUUCAGCGUCAGGGACUCAUUUCCAUCCCACCUGGCCAAUCUGCUCUUCCUGUCCAGUCUCUGCCACAAGCUGGCUUAAGUCCUGCUGAGAUUCAGCAGUUAUGGAAAGAAGUGACUGGAGUUCACAGUAUGGAAGACAAUGGCAUUAAACAUGGAGGGCUAGACCUCACUACUAACAAUUCCUCCUCUACUACCUCCUCCACCACUUCCAAAGCAUCACCACCAAUAACUCAUCAUUCCAUAGUGAAUGGACAGUCUUCAGUUCUAAAUGCAAGGCGAGACAGCUCGUCACAUGAGGACACUGGGGCCUCCCAUACUCUCUAUGGUCAUGGAGUUUGCAAAUGGCCUGGCUGUGAAAGCGUUUGUGAAGAUUUUGGACAAUUUUUAAAGCACCUUAACAAUGAACAUGCGUUGGAUGACAGAAGCACUGCUCAGUGUCGGGUGCAAAUGCAAGUGGUUCAGCAGUUAGAGAUACAGCUUUCUAAAGAACGCGAACGUCUUCAAGCAAUGAUGACCCACUUGCACAUGCGACCCUCGGAGCCCAAGCCAUCUCCAAAACCUCUCAAUUUGGUGUCUAGUGUCACCAUGUCUAAGAACAUGUUGGAGACAUCCCCACAGAGCUUACCUCAAACUCCCACAACACCAACGGCCCCAGUCACCCCAAUUACCCAGGGACCUUCUGUAAUCACCCCAGCCAGUGUACCCAAUGUGGGAGCCAUUCGAAGAAGACAUUCAGACAAAUACAACAUUCCCAUGUCAUCAGAAAUUGCCCCGAACUAUGAAUUUUAUAAAAAUGCAGAUGUCAGACCUCCAUUUACUUAUGCAACUCUCAUAAGGCAGGCUAUCAUGGAAUCGAGUGACAGGCAGUUAACACUUAAUGAAAUUUACAGCUGGUUUACACGGACAUUUGCUUACUUCAGGCGUAAUGCAGCAACUUGGAAGAAUGCAGUGCGUCAUAAUCUUAGCCUGCACAAGUGUUUUGUGCGAGUCGAAAAUGUUAAAGGAGCAGUAUGGACAGUGGAUGAAGUAGAGUAUCAGAAGAGAAGGUCACAAAAGAUAACAGGAAGCCCAACGUUAGUGAAAAACAUACCCACCAGCUUAGGCUAUGGAGCAGCUCUUAAUGCAAGCUUGCAGGCUGCACUGGCAGAGAGUAGUUUACCAUUGCUAAGUAACCCAGGACUGAUAAAUAACGCAUCCAGUGGCUUACUGCAGGCAGUCCAUGAAGAUCUCAAUGGUUCGCUGGAUCACAUUGACAGUAAUGGAAAUAGCAGUCCAGGCUGCUCUCCUCAGCCUCACAUACAUUCUAUCCAUGUCAAGGAAGAACCAGUGAUUGCAGAGGAUGAAGACUGUCCAAUGUCCUUGGUGACAACGGCAAACCACAGUCCAGAGCUGGAAGAUGAUAGAGAGAUUGAGGAAGAGCCUUUAUCUGAAGAUCUGGAAUGAAAAGGGACUUGAGAAACCUCAAAAUGAAGGGACAUAUCACUGACCUUCAGAACCACUCCGCAACCAUGAAUAUUUGACAAAUUUUUACUGUGACUAUUUAUUAAGCAUGGAUAAAGAAGAACAGCCCUAAAGGAACUUGUUAAGCCAGCCCUUUGGGACCCAGUAACA